AUCUCACAGAUGAAGGGAUUCCAGUUUUACCCGAUGGUACUGUUGUUGUACAACCAGAAGCUGUUCCUGAUGAUGUAAAUAAAAGUAAUGAAUCAAGAAAUAAAAGAUCCUCAUCUGCAUCACGACUUAGCCAUGGUGUUGUUGAUGUUGGUAUUGUACACUGUACAUCAUGUGGUGAACAAGUUAAUCCAAGCAGUAAAGCAUUUAUUAAGAGGCAUCCUACGUUGAAUGUUCUUUUAUGCAGAAGAUGCCAUAAUUAUUACACAAGUGAUAAUAUUACUAAAGAUGAAGAUGGUACAGAUGAGCAGUGUCAGUGGUGUGGUGAAGGUGGUAAACUGGUGUGUUGUGAUUUCUGCACUGCUACCUUCUGCCGGGCUUGUAUCAAACGGAAUUUGGGUAGGAAGGAAUUAUCAGCCAUUGAUGAUGCCAAGAAUUGGACGUGUUAUGUUUGUGAUUCUAAACCAUUGCUGCAUCUCACCACACACUGCGAUGAAUUAUUUGAGCAGUUGAAAAAUCAAAAAGGAUUGAAAAAAAAAAGACGAAGCUCUGUCAGUAGUUUGGAGCGCAAAACUGAAUCAGAAAGUGAAUCAUUGACUGAGGAGAUUCAAAGAUUAGUUGGUGAUACUGAAAGAGUUGACCUUUUUGUACAAAAGAAAGACAAGAUGGGAAGCGAAGCAUAUGAGAUGUGGAAACAAAAUAUGGCGAAAUCAAUGAAAAUUAAAAGUCAAGGCAAAGGUUUAAAUCUACUGAAUGUCUUGAAAGAUAUUAAAGAAAGGACAGAAAUGCUUGAAAGAGCUCUUACAAAAUGUGAAGAUAGUCCUGAGAAGCACAAAAAGACUAGACAAUCAUCACAUAAACGUAGAGGUAAUGAGCAGAGUAAUGAUGAACCACAACCAUCAACAUCAUCUGGUAGACGAAGUCGAUUAGAUGUUGAAUGUGAACGUGCAUUAUUGGCUGAAAUACAAGCAUCACUACUGGCUGACAGUGAUGAUGACUCAAGUGGAUCAUCUGAUACAGGAAGUAAUUAUUCAAGUGAUGAAGACACUCGUACUAGGACAAGGGCUAAACUGAAGUUUGGAAAAUCUUCUCUUACUCCUAGAAAACUGAAGCACACUCCAAAGAGACAUAGCAAGUCUUUGUCUGAAGAUGGCACAGAUGCUAAGGAAAGGUCAAGAAGACAUAGAGCUGACAGUACCACUAAAAGAGACUCCGAUACUGAACACAGUAUGACGAUAACUAGUAGUGACAAAGUAAAGCGCAGUAAAAACACAUCAGAUUCUUCAGAUUUUGAUUCUGAACUUGAAGAUGAAAUUGAUAGUUUGUCUAAGAAUCUUAAAAAACGCUCAAAACCGAAACAGAAAGUGAUAUCCAAGGAAACAGUCUCUGACUCAGAUUCUGAGAGUACUACAGAGACGCAAAACACAGUUACAGGAUUGGAUAGUGACAGCAGUAAAGCUUGUCUUAGAGAGAAAAAUGAUAGCAGCUGUAAAAAGAAAAAAGAAGACGAAUCAAGCAGUAGUUCAAGCUCAGAUGAGGAGGAGAAAGAGUCUUAUGGAGCUGGGUCAGACCAGGAGUUAUUAGAUACUAAUGACUUGGAAAAUGAAGAUUAUGAAAAUGAAGACUCGAGAAAGAAACUUUUGAAAGAAAAUGAUAGUGAUGAUUCAGAUAUUGAUUCAAGUGACAGUUAUACAAGUAGUAGCGAGGAAGAAGUUAAAAAGAAAAAAAAGUCUGUGAAAAAGAAAAGUAAUGAUGGAUCACAAACUAGCACAAAGGAAGGUUCUUCCAGUGGCAGUAAUAGUGAUGAUGAUGCUGCUGAUGUAAAACGAAAAUCAAAAAAGAGGAACCGCCUCUUGAGAGUGAAAAUAUCUGAAUCUGACAGUAGUGAUGAAUUUGCUCACAGAAAGGGAAAACGCAAAAACAGAAGUUCGUCACAAUCAUCAUCAAUUUCAUCAAAUGGCUCAAGCAGUGAUUCCUCUAUUGAUGUAUCAAAGUUGAGACGAAAGACCCGUUCAAUGAGGAAAAAAUCACAAUCAGAUGACACAGAAGGCAGUAAAAAAACAAGAACAUACCAGAAAACAAAGGGCAAGAAGAGAAGGCGUAUUAAAGUUGGAAGUAACUCUUCAGAUUCUGACUCCAAGAGUGACGAUACAGAUACAGGAAAGAGUCCAAAAGGAAAAGGAAGGAGGAAGAUUCGAAAAGUUUUAACUAAAGAUAAAUUGCAAGAUGAGACUAAAAAUGCUGCAAAGGAAGAAGCUGAAAGAAGAAAAAGGGUUGCCGAGAGACGCAAACAGGUUAUACAAGUAUUGGAUGAAUCACCACAGAAAUGUCCAGUGACUAUGUCACUGGUGCUUGAGUCUAAACCUGACAGCGAUGAACCAUUAGUUCAAGUUAACAAAGACUUGAUAAAAAAAUUGAAGCCACAUCAAGUAGAAGCUGUACAGUUCAUGUGGGAUUGUUGUAUUGAAACCUAUGAUAAACUGAAAAAUGGUCAUGAGGGCGGAGGAUGCAUCUUGGCUCAUUGUAUGGGUUUAGGCAAAACAUUAUCAGUAUUUACAUUUAUUCAUACAAUUUUAAGCACACGUCGAUGUAAAAUGAACACAUGUCUUGUGGUCGCACCUCUAAAUACAGUCCUGAAUUGGGUUAAAGAAUGUGAAAUGUGGUUACCACCUAAAGACAGGCUGGAUGUGUACGAGAUGGCAAGUGUCAAAGACAACUGGAGAAGAGCUGAUAAUUUGCAAGCGUGGCAUGAUGAUGGUGGCAUACUAAUAAUGGGUUAUGACAUGUACAGAGCACUAUCCAAAGGAUCACGAAUACGAAAUAAAAAACUGAAGAAAAUAUUCCAUGAUACUCUUGUAGAUCCUGGUCCUGAUAUUGUUGUUUGUGAUGAGGGACACAUUUUGAAGAAUGAUGCCUCCUCCAUAUCUGAGGCAAUGCAUAAUAUAAGAACAUUGAGGAGAAUAUGUUUAACUGGAACUCCAUUGCAAAACAAUUUAGUUGAAUAUCAUUGUAUGGUUAGCUUUGUGAAGCCUAAUUUGCUUGGUACCAGAAAAGAAUUUUGUAAUCGAUUUGCCAAUCCCAUUAUCAAUGGGCAACAUUUAGACUCUACACCUAGAGAUGUCAAAAUAAUGAAAAAGCGUGCACACGUUUUACAUGACCUUUUGUCUGGAUGUGUUCAGAGAAAAGACUAUUCAGCCCUCACUAAAUUCUUGCCACCAAAACAUGAAUAUGUUGUGAGUAUUCGUCUGUGUGAAAAGCAGAUCCAGCUAUACAAGCAUUAUUUGGAAACUAAAGCUUCCAAUCCAAGUGAAGUUGGUGGUUAUAAAGGAUCUGGUUCUGGUUUGUUUGCUGAUUAUCAGGUGUUGUUGAGAGUAUGGACUCAUCCGCAUAUACUGAGACUUGGGACAAUACGUGAUCAAAAUAGGAGACGAUAUGAUGACAGUGAUUCAAUGGAUGAUUUUAUAAAUGAUACGGAUGAUGAUGAAGAUUCCGCUUCAACUAAAUCUAGUAGUGAUAGUGAUGAUGUUAUUGACAUCACUGAAGAUAAACUUCCCGCAAAAAGGAAACGUAGACGCGUUAACGACUCCGAUAGCAGUUUAGAGGUGGUUAAUACUUGGAAAAGUAGUACCAGAGGUGGAGAGGGGAAAGGAAGAGAUGCAGAUUCAAGAUCACAGACUCCUAUAUUAAUUGAUACAAGAUGGUAUAGUGAGAUAGUGACACCUGAAGAUGCAUACAACAUUGAACUUGGUGGAAAGUUGGUUCUUUUAAUGGAUGUACUUCAACUAUCUGAAGAUAUUGGUGAUAAGGUGUUAGUGUUCAGUCAGAGUUUACUGUCACUUGAUAUUAUUGAGGACUUUUUAGAAUAUAUUGAGACUAAAGCUGAAGAGGCUAAUACUGGUGAUGGUGAAGUUGAACCAGACCCAAUCUUAAAGUUUGCUACACAGGGUGCAUGGGUCAAAGGCAUUGAUUACUUCCGAAUGGAUGGAUCAACUUCGGCGCAAAAUAGGAAAGCAUUCCAGGAUCUUUUCAAUGAUCCUGAAAACUUAAGGGCCAGGUUAUUUUUGAUUUCCACUAAAGCUGGUUCUUUAGGUAUAAAUUUAGUAAGUGCUAAUAGAGUGAUAAUAUUUGAUGCUUCAUGGAAUCCCACUCAUGAUGUGCAGUCUAUAUUCAGAGUUUACAGAUUUGGGCAAACCAAAGCGUGUUUUAUUUAUAGAUUUCUAGCACAGGGUACAAUGGAAGAGAAGAUAUAUGAAAGACAGGUUACAAAACAGUCAUUAUCUCGUCGUGUCGUGGAUCAGUUCCAAAUUGAACGCCAUUUUACCUCAUCUGAUUUGGCAGAGCUUUACAACUUCAAUCCAGAUGUGUAUGAUCCUGAUAAAAACCAACCCACGCCUAUGUUGCCAAAGGAUUUCAUUCUUGCUGAACUGUUGAGUAAAAGAAAGGAAUGGAUUGUUAAAUUUCAUGAGCAUGAUUCUCUGUUGGAAAAUAUUGAAUCUGAGGAACUGGAUGAAGAAGAGCGUAAAACUGCUUGGGCUGAGUAUGAAGCUGAGAAAGAGGGUCGUUCUCUAUAUCAACAUGUUCCAGAGGUACCGGUAGCUCCAGAUGCAAGACAACAUUUCCUUCAACAGUUGUGUUAG